AUGAGUAGUAAUUGCUUGUUAUUAUUACAGUAUAAACACAUCAAAUUAUUUGUGUUACUUAAAUUACUAUUGUUCUGAAUUGUGCUACAAAUGUAUUUUUUUAGUAUUUCUUGUCGAUAAAAUAAUACAAUAAUAAUUGUCAUUUUCUUCUUAAAAGUAGCAAGUAUCCGGUAGUGUUCGAAGUCUACGAUUGAGUGUUUCAUCGAUUUACAAAAUUGUCUGUAAAUCGUCGUUUACAUUUUGUGUUGAGUGGAACUUAUAAUUGAGUAAAUGACUAAUGGAUUUUGUUAAAUUUUAAUUUAAUGAUAUCCCAUUGUAUACAAUGAAAAAAACAUUCUGAGUGAAAUUUGUGAAAGUUUUGUUGAUUUAGGUCGAUAUCAAAUUUUUAAAAAAUGGUUUGUGUACCGUGUGUGCUUGUGCCAUUGUUGCUCUUCUUAUGGGGUAUUAUCAAGCCCAUGUUAAAUUGGUUCAGGACACCGGUUGAAAAUUCUGAAGGUAAUGCUGAGGAUGAUCAAGUUUGCUCAUUGCUAUCAUCCUGCCCGUGUAUUAAUAAAAACAUAAAAACAUCUGAAGAUCAAGGAGACAAGACAAACAAGAGUGAAACAUUACUUAAAGAACCACUUGAAACAUCUGAUGCUGAUAAAAAGAAUCUUUAAAUGUAUUAUUAUUAAUGAAUUUUGUUAUAAUUAAUUUCAUUAGUUAAAAUGAUCAUUUUAACUAAUAGGAAUUAUACCUCUUAAUACUUAUAUUGUUUAAUUGUAUAUAAAUUAUGGAUAAAUAUAUUGACAAUUAAAUUAACAUUCCUUUCCACUCAUAUUUAACAUAUCCUUAGAAUUUUAUUGUUUAAUAGAAAUGCAAUUUGACUUAUUAAUUUUACCAUAAGCCUUUUACUUUGCUAAUAAAUAAAUACACUUAGACUCUCUUCUGAUGAUGCUUUAGUUUUAUUUUAAUUUA